AUGGCAAGAAGCUGCUAUUCCUUCAGACAAAAUAUACCCCGCCAGCAAUAUUUCCCCGCAAUUGCCUCAAAAAUGGCCAAACGGCCCAGAUCUACGUCCAUCGAUCCGUCAUCAGAAUGUCGGUCAAGAUCUUCCUCCCCAGACUAUAUAUCAUCCACACCAGCUCCAUCCAAAAUACAUCUCUCAAAUACCCCUUCCGACCCCCCUGUUGAAGAAGCUAUGCGUUGCUCUCUCCCGCCUCACAGAGAAACUCUCUCUUUCCCUUCAUACGAAGAUUACGAGGUGCACUAUCAUAAAGCCCACGUCAACAGAUGCACCGAGUGCGGGAGGAACUUCCCCACAGACCUCUUUCUAAACUUACAUAUUGAGGAGAAUCAUGAUUCUCUAGUCGCUGCAAGGAGAGCCCGCGGGGACAAAACUUACGGAUGCUUCGUCGAAAACUGCGAGCGAAAAUGUUCUACACCCCAAAAACGCCGAAUGCAUCUAAUUGACAAGCAUAUGUUUCCUAAGACAUAUAACUUCUACAUCGUCAAUGAUGGUAUAGACAAGCAAACAUCAAUGCUCCGGUCAAUGCAGACCCAUCGCCGGCGCUUAUCUAGUACACCAACUUCACCAAAAGAAGGCCGGCUACGACACCGGCAGACCUCCAUUUCACAAUCAAUCCCGGCUUCAAAUUCAAAUCCGGUUUCUUCUGUACCCGAAUCCGGGUCAGACGAGGCGGAGAUCGCGGAACUCGAGAAAUCCAUGUCCGCGCUGCGGUUCGUUCCGGCUAGUGUUACGAAUGCGCAGUUACGGCAAACCGCACGAAGGAGUCAACCGCGCGGUGCGCUUCGACAAUCAGAUACAACGCCUGGAGGCCAUGAUUGA